CCCCCUGCCCCCCAGUAUCUUAAUGAGGAAGAUUAGGUUAUUAAUUUGAGAGUUUUCUUCUUUUUAAAUGUAAGUAUUUAUAGCUAUAAAUUUGCUCUAGGCACUGCUUUACCUGCAUUCCAUAUGCAAUGGUUUUUAUUUCCAGGCAAGCUCCAUAUGUAUCCCUACCUGUGAGAAGACCUGCUAGUUCCCCUAAUAAAAUCAAUUCUUAAUCUUUCAGUAUCUAUAUUGUGGGAGGAAUCCAUUCAUGAAGAAGACAUCUGGAUCUUGUGGCCCCAAAUGUGUUUACUCAUUGCCAAGCUUGGAGGAUCCAUUGGUUUUUGUUAUUCUAGUGUCUUUGGGGAUAUCUAUAUCUGUUUUGAUCAUGUGUAGUAUAUAGAUGAUUAUUGAUGAGGCUAGAGAGAUAUAUGAUCUUGUCAGGGAUGGGAGGGACUGAAGAAAAGGAAUUACCAGAAUAUUUUUCUUCCUCUUUCUAUUCCUGUAAUUCCUCUGGACUUAGUCCUUCAAAAUAAAAUAAAGCAAAUCACACCACACCAUUUGGCCACAGGUAUACCUCACAGAGUUCAACAGGGUGCAAGAAUGAGCUUUAAAAGUGUACAAAGUCUUGAUCUACUUGGGUGGGGGAACUGAUAAUAAGGUUGGCAGACUCUUCAGGUCCUCUACUCUCUUUAGGUUGGCUCUUUCUCUCUCAUCUGCAGGGUUCAAGGAGGACCAUGGGGCCAUCCAGAUCAGCAUUUGUGUCCCAAGUUUGUUAGCUUUGGUGGAAGGUUAGUGCCCUCGUGUGUAUUGGGACUAAACGUGUGGGGAGGAAGCACUAUCACACCUGUGUCAGAACCCAGGCUGAAGUGGUUUCUCCUAACUCUGGGACACUGUGACUCUGGCUUGAUCUCCCCCAGGAAUCCUGGGCCAAGUGAGGGAGGCAGUGGUGAUGGGCAAGAGGAGGGAGCAGGGAGAUUCUGACAAGCUGGCAGUGACUCCUGGAGGAGCAGAGCCCUGGAGGGACAAAGACCUUUGUUUGAAUUUUAUUUACAAGCCAUCAAUAACCAAGAUAAUCACAUUUUCCUCGGAACAUGGAGGGUCACAUGUCCCAAUUCCUACUAAAAUAUGCUUCAUUGGGGAGGCAGCUGUCAAUCUGCUGAGAGCAAAAACAGUCACCACUGAGGAGUGCCUGGUGAACCCUGCAAACAUGAACCGCUACAGCCUGGACCCCUCCACCUCCACCUGUAGCCACCGGGGCUCCCUGCCCAUCUCCUCUUCGUUGUACUGCAAGAGGCAGAACUCUGGAGACGGCCACCUUGGGGGAGGCUCAGCCACCGCAGUUGGUGGUCCCCGCACCAGCCCCAUGUCCUCCGGAGGCCCCUCAGCACCUGGGCUGAGGCCCCCUGGUUCCAGCCCCAAGAGAAACGGGACCUCUCUUGAAGGAAACAGACGUGCCUCAAGCCCGUCUCCGGACGGGCAGGACGCCCGGCGGCCAAGGAGCAGGAACCCCUCCACUUGGUCCGUGGAGGAUGUGGUCUGGUUCGUGAAAGACGCAGACCCACAGGCUCUGGGCCCCCACGUGGAGCUCUUCCGGAAGCAUGAGAUUGAUGGCAAUGCCCUCUUGUUGCUGAAGAGUGACAUGAUCAUGAAAUACUUGGGCCUGAAGCUGGGACCUGCGCUGAAACUCUGCUACCAUAUUGAUAAACUGAAGCAAGCCAAGUUCUGAAGGUGUUUAAAAGAUAGAAGCAAAAUCCAGGCAACAGAUCUCCAGAUCAUUGUCUGCCUUAUCAACAUUAGUCACCAUCACAAAGGUUUUCUUCUGAAAAUGAACAGCCACAAAGACUUGGUCUUUUUAUAAAAGUCAUGCAUCUUGACCUUUUAAAAAAUUUAACAUGGUCCCUUUGAAAGGUUCUUCUGUGUUAAUGAUUUGCCAAAAAAUUACAAAAAAAGCCUAUUAUUGUUAACGUUCCUGGUAGGUUGGUUGCUCUUAGGGUAGGUACUGUUUGUAUAAUGAGAGUGUGGGGAACUGAAUGCUGUCACCCUAGGAGGACCCUGGAGACUUCCAAGGAUGUGAAAAGAACUUUUGUCUCUGCAGGCUCUGCAGGGACACCCACUGUAGCACCACCUGUUUUUAACGCUGAUCAUUGUGAGCCUUGCUUAAUUCAGCUCUGGAAGCUGUCUUCUGAGGAGAAAUGCCUCACCUUGCACUAUCUGGAAAACUUGAAUUCUUUUGCUCUCCAAAAGAGAAGAAAAAAAAAAUUUUUUUUUCUAUUCCUAGUUAGCUGAAGUACUGUGUUGCCCCACUAGAGGGCAGACUGCUAAUGUAAUUUCAGGCCCCUGACCGCAGGAGCCUGACACUGAGUACCCAGCGGAUGGAUUAGGGCUUCUGUGACCAAGAUUUAGCCUACGCAGACACAGGGAAUUUAUUCCACAGUCAGUACCACAGAUUGCAACUUGGGAAGAAACCGUCUUUUAGAAGGUGCUAGUUCACAUCCAAUCAUUAUUGACUGACUGAAAUGCACAAGCAGCAAAGGCAAGAAUUUGGAAGCACGUUCUUCCCAGAUGGGGCUGUGGCGUUCCUUCCCUUCCAGAGUCCUUACUGAGGUGUCGAUGUAUUGGCACGCGAGAGUCUUAGUGACGUUUAGCCACGGUGUUCCUUUAAAAAAGCAGAAAGAUGUCUCAACUAAGCUUUGAAAUGGGAGAGUGCUGACUUCUAGUUACAUCGUGGGAUUACAUAGUUGUGUCUUUGGCUAAUUUUAAUAAUAAUAGCAUGUACACAGACAUGCUAUUAUUGGGUUUAAGUUAAUUUACAAAUAGGUUUUCCUUUCUCAUCACGGAGAAAUAGAAAAAAAUUGACUUCUACCCCUUUGCAGCUCUGUCCAGGGAAGGACAGUGAAUCCACAACUCACAAGGCAGAAGGGCAGCCUUGUCUCCAUUCUUCUUUUUAUCCUUUUCCUUUCUCUCUUUCCCUGUCUCUUUUUUUCUUCCUCUCUCACCGAAUAGGAAACAUAUCUUCAAAAUGACUUUGUCUUUGCCUCAGGCAUAUCCACUUCCUUAAAAAGCAUCCGUAGUGUUGGCCAUGAGGAGGUAAAUACUAGACUUCGUGAUCUGUGGGGAGGGGGCGUGAUCAAUGGCAACUUGGGGCCUCCCUUGGCCCAAACGCAAAUCAGAAAAGGCACACACUGUCUUUGGGAUGCAGCCUGGACGGGGGUCCUGGCCGGGGAGGGGAGCAGGGCGGGGUUGCAGCCUUCUCACCCCUCCAUCAGGAGCCGAUGUGCAGGACGAGACCUGUACAAGGGCAGCCCUGAGUAGGUUUGGGUACUGAUCCUCUAUAAAUCAGUUAGAACUUGGAUGAGGCUCAUAAGAAACAUUCCAGGCCAUGCUCUCAGACCCACUUUGUUGAGUGGUAUUUGAGAAAGCACAUCAGAGCAAAAUCCUUUUUAGACACACAAAUGGUGGCUGACUUAAAGCGUGACAGAGAAGGGAUGGAGCAGAAUGUCUUAAAACUGCCCACGAAACCAAGCUUGAGUUGCCAGGCUGUGGAAGAGCUGAAUGUCUGUUGGUCCCGGCACCUGACAAAACUACCCUGAAUCGGGCCUUGGGACAGCAUCUUCAAGAUUUUGAAGCAAUAAAUUGACUUUGUCCCCCAAAGUUUGUUAAUCAUGAAGUGCUCACUGUUGGUCUGGGGUUAGAAAGUCUCCCCCCAGAAUCCGUGGAUAGUGUAUAUAUUCAGAAUGGCCAGGGUGAAAACGGUGAGAUCCAGAAAAUCCCACAACAACCCAUGUUCCUCACUCCACCAUUUUUGCUCAGUCCUCUGAAACUUGUGGUGCCUCUUCCAUCAACCUACACCUCAUCUAUAGAGACUUUCAAAAUUUUCUACUGUUCUCAGUAGUGCCUCCCUCGAUCUGAAAACAUCAAUGUUGGUGCCACCAAAUCAAAAUCAUCUGCAAACAAUGUCAAGGAGAUAUUGGGAGUAGUUUUUAGGGGAGAGAGAUUUUCCCAUCUCAAGUCUAGUAGAAAACUGGAUCCAUGUGCAUGUGGAACUGCUCUCACAGAGGUGCUAUCUUAUUUUGCAUUAAACUUUAAGCAGGACAGAUUGCUGAAGCCAUGAUAUUUAAGGUUUGACUUUUUAAAAGUCUCAUUACUCUUAAAAUGAAUGCUGCCACACCAGAGAAUAACCCAGGGAGGGGAUUCUUCCUUGCUGUUUUUGCACUGAAAUGCAAUUAGCCGACCCAAUUAUUGUCGCAAUACUGCAAUUAUAAUUAAUUUUCACCCCUUUCAAAAAUCUUGUCAAACCAGGCAGCUAAAUAGCUUAGCAAAUGUAAAACAUGCCAGGCCAUCUCCUCGAAACGGACCUUACAGAGUCAGGCCAUGUGUGUCACUCUUGUCCAAAUGGCAGCUUAUUUGGGGUCCUUGAGCUUAUACAGAUGUGGCACUUGUCAUUCCAUGGCAGCAGCUCUGCUUCGGGUUGUGGUGAAUAAUGAUAUAGUUUUGCAUAAUUUCGAAUUCGAGUGUGUGUGUGUGUGUGUGUGUGUGUUCAUGUUCCAAACAUUUCCCAUUACACUUGUCUGUUGAACACUUAAAAAAAAGUCUAGAGACAGUUCUCUUGCCUGAGGCCUUUUAAAUAUUUUAUGAGGCACAUAAUUCCCCUUGUGAAGACUUCAGGUAAAAGGUGUGUCUUUCUUCUGUGUGUGUGUGUGUGUGUGUGUGUGUGUGUGUGUGUGUGUGUUUCCUGACACAAUAGUGGGAAGAGCCUUUGACAGUGGCUGGGAGUGUGUAUGCUUUUGCAUUUGCUUGGUUUCUGAUGCCUUCCCAGCUCUGUAGCACUGAGGCCGAACACACUCUAGGCUGUCACUGCCAGGCAUCCCCUCUAAGGCCAGCAGGGCGCGCCCUGGAGGCAGCUGGGGUUCUGGGCCUGGCCCGUCAGCGCUGACGGGAAGCGCCAGGCCAGCCCAGGCUCUGCUCUGCGCCACUGAGGGGACAGGCCUCGCCAGGGAGCCCACUGGUCAGGGAACACUGUCUUGAGCACCUGGUACAGCGCCCGCCGGAGCUGCGCACACUCCCAUCACUUCCCUUCAGCAGGGCCACCUUGUUUUUUUCUUUACAGCAGGAUAAAGGAGUGGGGAGCUCCGCAGGAGAACCAAAUAGGAUAUUCAGAUACACUGGGGAGGAAUACUGAGCUGAGGUUGGUGUGCGUGGAAAGGAAACAGUGAGGAAGCGAAGACAAAAAUAAUUGUCUUAGGAAGACGAUAAGAGAGUACCUCUUCUAACAGGCCCAGUCCCUUUAAGCUACAAUAGCCUAUUUUUGUAUUUAUGUGCUAUAUGGAAUAUUUCUUUUUUUUUUUAAUUAAAAUUGUUUGUUAUUACUUUCUGAGAUUGUUUUAAAAGAAUUGUGUCAUAGCUCUGAAGAUGAUUGGAAAUGCCCCGAAGUGACCAGGGACUGGGAUUUAGUCAUUGUCAGAAGGUCUUGAAAGUCAGAGAUACUCUGCUUUCUUUCUAAAGAACGAGCCAGGUUGCCACAUGCGAGAGCAGGAGGUGAGUGCUGUGUGACGUUUGCUCUGCCUUGGUGCUUUUUCAGCGCUUCUCCGAUGGGCUUAGAGGAGGAAGAAGAGAUGGGACUCAUUUUUUUUUCCCUUAAACCCAGAUAAGACAGGCGAUUGGGAAGGAGGAGAUGAUUUUCAAAACCGUGGUGUUUUGCUAAGGAGAGGGGUGAACACCUGUCAGUGGGCGCGGUUUAUUUUUUGCUACAAACACACUCCAAGAACUGGGUAGCCGCCCAGCCCUGCUGUGGUCUCGGCAAGUGCCAUCAUCCCUGUGGCAGGAGAAGACGAUGCUGAGGAGCCCGGCCGAGAGCCCAGCAGACGGGCAGCCGUCUAGAGGCACAAACAGUCCGGUUCUUCUCUUGCCGUGUCGCCUCAGUGGCUACUGUCACAGGACUCCCGGCCGUGUUGCCCUGGGAAGAGGGCCGGGAGCCUCAGCUUCCAGGGUGCCCUUCCUUCCAACCGUUAUCCUCAUCGAAGAUGAUUCCUUCACGGACCAUUGGAAGCUGGAUUUUGGGAAAUCUAGCAUUUACUUGAAAGAGAAUCGUCCUUAUUUAUUGCCACCAGUUAAAUAUUAUGGAAACAUGUCUGCUAACAAUUUGCUUUCUGUAAUUUGUUCUCAUGCUAAUAAGCAACAGCUGGGACACUUCCUGUGGUACAUUCCUUGGUGGUUACAGUGGUAUUAUCACACAUGGACGUCACCAAAUCGCUGUACUGGAGAAGAACGCUUGCUCCGGCUCUCCCCGGCUGCAGGAAAUUCCCCUAACUCAGAGGCAGUUCUGGGCAAAAGCAUGUUUUUGGAGGAAGAUUUGCUUUCCUUUGCUCCCUGCUUUCCUGGAGCCCCAGACAUGCGCUCUUCAAUCCCACCUAGAGAGUCGGGGACUCUCAUGCUCAGCAUCGAGCUUGACUUCCUCCAGAGGAAAAACAGCAAGCGGAGCUGAAGAAUGACACCUUCCUCCAGGCCAGCGCGCUGCACCCAGAGUUGAUAUGGGGCGUAAGAGGGGUGGAGGUGCACCUGAGAGCCAAGAGCUGCUCCGCAGUCCAGUAAGUAAUGACAGCACACAGGGUGAGCAUCUUUCCGUCCGAAGGCUCUAAGUGUACCACUCAGACUGGUUCUGGGCUGCCAGCCACCCUUCUCUGCUCUGUAGCUUGACUGCAUGACCUAAACUCUCACGCUGAUUCCACGUAUGAGAUGCUUGUUGUAAACACCGACACAGACGUCUUCUGUUGGAUCCUACUUUGGAACACAACCAAAGCCUUGCUUCUCCAAACAGCUCUCUAUGAAACGGCAGACCCUCACUGGGUGUCAUUUAACAGUAAGCAUGUGUGACCGGAGGCUACCUCCAUCAUAAACGUAGCAUCCUCAAACCUCAGGCGGGCUCUACCUCCCCAUCCAGAGCUGGAACGCCUUCCCCACAGCCCUGAGAAAUGGCUCUGCCUGACCACUUCCCAUUAGGGGGAGUUGACUCCCAUAGGAAGUGGCUUAUUUCUCUGUUGGACAGCUCUGGUGGUGAAAAUGUUAUUUCUCAGGGAGACGCAGAUGUCUGUGAAUCAGACACAGACGUUUGAGAUGAAGCCAACUCUGCAAUCUUUCUCUUUUUUAACAGAGCUUGUCCAUGCAGUAACCACACCUAUAAUACAAAUUGACAUCGGCACUACAUUAGCGUAGAGGAGCAGACAAGGUAUACGAGUGUGGGACUCAGGUCACGGCCGUCAGAUUCAUCAGCCUUGUCAUGAAAAACGAUCAAAAUUCUUGUGGCCUCACACACACACACAAAAAGCGUGUCCUGGGAGAAUCUUUAGUGUAGUUGUAAAUCUGGCUGUGGUCACACAUGUGAGUUACGAAAGCUUGCAUGAAGAAAUCUGUAAGUCCACGUGCCUCAUUAACUGGAAAAGACGCUACGAGACGUGGAGGCCCUGUCUCUUAACUGUACUCACUGGUAAUAUAAUAAACUAAGCAAGCCUUAGUUUAGACAAAAACAAGUUAUAAUUGAUGGUAGAAAAGUAAACAUGGUCUGUUGUGAAUUUAUGCAAGAGGUAUACAGCUUAUGAGGCCAAGCCCAAGCAGAUUUCGUGCUUGUGUGUACAUGCCCCCAGUGAGUGUGUGUUUGUGAGUUAGUGUGAUAAGAGGUGGGAAUCGGGGAAGGUUUGAGAAGGGGUUGCAAAGGGAGCUUUUGCUUUCUAGAGCAUUCUUAUUUAGAAGAACUAUCUAGCAAUGGUUUAGAAAUCAGAUCCCAGAGUAAACAUAACAUGGAGUUUAUGUAGUUUGCUUAGAUACAAUUCUGGAUUAUGGGGCACAUUCUCUAGGAAAAUAGUUAAAUCCUGGUCCUGGGAAAAAGUGGCUACUCAUAUCCAGCAGCUUGCACAGCAACCCCUGCCAAACAUGGUAAAAGGCACCUCAUUAAUAUUCAUGGGCUGAAUGAAUGAAUGUUUAACGAGUUCCUGUAUUUUAUUCAAAAAGCCACUAGUUUCUUUUCAGACCCCAUAUCUUGACUGAAAGGAGAAGCGCCGAAGGGACAGGCCAAAAGAAGAGAUGAGGCCUUUCGUUUCCUCUGCUUCCCCUGCAGAGCUCAAGGAGGUCAACCCCCCAGACACCGAUUUGCAUUUCAUUCCCCUUUUUGUCUUAGGAGCUCACGUUCUGAUUGGCCUCGUGUUCCACUGCAAGCACCAGAGAAUAACAAUAGAUCCGUUACAGCUUUACUUCUAAGACAUCUUUUCCAUUUCCUUCUCAAUCCACGAUGCCUCUCAGCAGUGAGUAGGGUUUCCGUGGGCUGGUUAAGCGCUCACGGACAGUUAGAGCCUCCAGGAGGCAGAGAGCAUCUCCCCUGAGCCGUGCAUUCCCAGUACCUUGCUCAGCUUGGAGAGGGCAGGUCAGUGGAGCCGGGCCUUCCCCACGAGGCACUCUGCCAUCCUACUGGCGGUGCUCCAGGCGGGAGGGUGCAGCCCACAGGACAAGGGCAGGAGACAACCUUCUUUUCACCCUUUCCCCAUCUCUACCCUUGAGAGCACGUUUGGAGCCAUCGGGGGCUUCUCCUUUUUUCCCGAAAGGUUACAUAGGAGCAUUGAGAAUAGAAUGAUGUGACUGAUUUUUUUUUCCACAACCACACCAAAACUUAGAGUGUUUCACCUUCAAAGAAAAAUCACCUCAAAAGCCUAAACACGUGUUCCGAGGAUGUUGUCAUCGCUCAGAAUACCUCUAGUGCAUCUCCUUUGGGGUCAUCUUUAGAAGCCAGAACGCGUUCUUUUCAAAGUGGAAAGCCCAUCAUCACCACUUGAGGGUGGAUUCCUUUUUUCUUUUUUGGGGGGCGGGGGAAGUCAAAGGCACUGGGGUCAUGUCUGGUGUGCAGCACAAGUAAUCUACUUGAGAUGUAAAACGAUGUGUCUUCACACGCAUGAGUCUGUCUUUUCCUUGUGUGUUUCCUUUCUGGGUGCAGAUGGGUUGAGCAAUAACAGCCACCGUUCGCUGGAAUAGAUUAGGCAAGUGUCAGUAUAAGAGGCUGCAAUGCAGACACUGGUUUGAAGGGCAACGUCACUUGGAGGAACAUCCAACGUGCUCAUUUUAAAGCUCAUUUACAGUUUGUUGCUGUAUCUUUAGGCAUCGUAAGCUGAGGAUAUUGUGAGUGUACCUAGAACCCUAGAAGAGCAGAGGAAUUGGGAGGAAGGAGCCUUAGGGGACAGCUGGACAGCUCACCUCGGGGGUAAAACCUUCUCCACACCACUUCCCACUGGUUACACACCAUUUGGCGGCAGAGUAUGGUGCAGUGCAAAGAAACAAGCUCCGGGAGUUACCGCCCCACCCCCAACUCCUCAUCUGGAAACGGAGGGGCAUCCAGAUAACUUUCAAAGGCACUUAUAGCUCAGUUCCUUUCAGCAAAGGCCGGUGGGGCUGUUGACUCCUUGGUCUUCUGUUCUAUGAUUUCUAGCUUCUGUCUCUCCUCCUGUCUGACCUCGUCUAGAUGUUUCCUUAUCCUCUUCUCUUACUGGCCCGUAGCUCCUCCUCAAAGCCACGGAAGCAUCACUUUGCUAUCCUUUCUCAUUCUUUCUUCCUGCCUCUGUGUUUCUUUCGUUUGCUCUUUUCCGUUUUUCUCCAUUCCAUGAGCUCCAAUGCCUUGUAGAAAGGAGAGGGGGUGGAGAGAGAGAUAAAGGAUUAGCAGCCUCCCAUCGUUCCCUGCCGACAGCAUUCCUAGGCUCUGUCAUGCUUCCGGCCCGAUCUCCGCUUGUUCGUUCCAUUCCUCCAGGUCCCGCCCUCUCAGUCCGUCCUUGAGUUCAGGAACAAGAGUCCUGUCCCUUUUGAUUGCUUCAUUCUGUGACUGGCUCUGAUGUCUCGCUCCUAGGCCUCAUCAACCUUCCACAAGCGAAGGCCUCAAUGCUCACGCCACCAGGUGUCCCUCCUCACUCGAGCCCAAAGGUCAAGAGUCCGGUGACCUGGAGCCGAUGUGACAUACCUCUUCAGAAGCAGGAGUUGUUUCUCCCAGCCGUGCCGGCUCCUGCAAUCUGCAUGGGGUCACUCUGCCCUCCAGUAGCAAUUCUGAUCAUUCCACAGUUUUUGGUUUUUCUUUUCUUUUCUUUGUAAACUGGUUUUAUUAAUUUAAAUUCUUUUGUUUAUAAUUAUUUUUUUAUCGGCAUACGGUUGAUUUACAAUCUUGUGUUUGUUUCAGGUGUACAGCACAGUGAGUCAGUUAACACAUAUCCACUCUUCCUUAGGUUCUAUUCCCAUAUAAGUCAUUACAGGGUAUUGAGUAGACUUCCCUGUGCUAUACAGUUGGUUUUUCUUAGUUAUCUGUUUUAUUUGUAGCAGUGUGUCCAUGGUUCUUUACCGAACAUGUAGCUUUGUCCAGAUCCGCUGAGCACUGACUAUGCCUCUCAGUGACCAAGCCAGACCAGUGUCUCAGUUUAAACAAAGAGGGCCCACUGGGGUCAAAGAUGAGGCACCACGGCCCACAUCAGAAGCACUUCUGGGGUGAGGGUUUGUCUUUAGGCAUUUACAAGUCUGCUGAGAUGUUUGCAAUAUUAAGCGGCUUGUGUCUGGGUCGGGGAAGGUGAAGACAUAGUUCCCAAAGGAAAAUGUGGUUUAGAGGAGGGCGAAAGGCAGCAGAGUUCUGGAACGAGGAUGCUAGGUUCCCGGCCUUUAUUCAGCACCAUCGCACCCCCUCAAGGUCUUUCUAGAAGUCAAACUUGCUUCCUCCACAGGAACUGAAAGUGUUUCUGCCCAAGUGCGAGAGAGUUUGGAGGACUUGGAUUUCUUUCAUUCUCCACUGUGUUCUAAGCCACAAUACUUAAUUUUCUCUCAUCUUCCAGCUAUAUCUUUGAUCACAUCAGGAUUCAAAAAAUGAACACGUCUCAUCCUCCAGAAAUUUUGGAACAGCCAUUGUUUUAUACAGCAUAUAUUUUCAUUUUAUUGUUAUUGGUUGAUUAGAUUGUUUCUCUCCUGUAUAUAUGUAGCAGUGAUUUUAUUAAUAUAAAGAUUUUAUACUAUAACUACAUUUGUAGACAAAUUUACUUUUUAUUCU